CUGUCAACACGCAUUUCGAUGCAGAAUAUCUUCCCCGGAGGCCGGAAGUGGUUUGGAGCUAAACAAAAUUUAAAACCGUAAAUUGAAAAUGACAAGUACAGGUGCAGGGAGUGGGCGUAUAAGUUGUUUAAUUGUUUUACCAAGUUGUGCAGGAGGUGUUUCUUCACAGUCGUUCAUACAGUGUUUCACACUGACACAUUCUGCAUUCACAGUCCAGUUGGCUACACCUGGUGGCAGAUCACCAGAAUUCAUAAAUCAAGAUGAACAGAGUCGAAGAUGGUUGAAUGAUUUCCGUUCAAAACCAUUUUCAGUACCACUUUCACUGGAAAUAAUUGAUGCUAACAGAUACAUGUGCCUGUUGAUACCACAUGCUCCAGGAGCAGUCACAGACCUCGCCACUAAUGCAGAUCUGGGACAGAUUCUUAUGCACUUCAUAAAAGAGAAAAAGCUCAUAUGUGCCAUUGGGACAGGAGUAGCAGGCCUUUUGUCAGCAAAGAAUGAAGAAAAUUCUAGCUGGGGUUUCAAGUCGUACUCAAUCACAGGGUCUUCAAUAUGUGAACUAGCACGCCGGUCAGAUUUUGCUGACAUGCCACUUCUUGUAGAGGAUGCUGUCAGAGAUGCUGGAGCAACAUUCUCUCUAUCAGAACCAAAUUGUGUGCAUGUGGUUGUGGAUAGGCACCUUGUAACUGGACAGAACGAAGCUUCCACACUGACAGCUGUCCAGAAUCUUGUACUGCUCUCCAAUCAGAGUAACAGCUGCAGAACAUGAAGAAGUCAGGCCUUUCCUCAGCUACAUUUGGGAUUUCAGAGGCACCGAUUAGCAGGACAGCUACUUCAAGAGUAUCAGUUAUGAUGACCUGAUUGGAAAAAAAAGUAAAUAUGUCAUACGUUACAUCAGGUGACAAAUCUCAUGAAGUGUUCUGACUCAGCUUCAAUUACAAGGUUCAAGCCAGUAGCUACAUAAAACCCUAAACCAACAAUAAAAACACUUAACAUGGCUCCCAGUAUACAGAAUGUGGAGUAUUGGAGCAAAAGGAAGAAAUUAAAGAACUAUACAUUUUCAAAAUCUUGAAAGUCCACAAGUGAUAAAUCAUCCCACUGCCAAGAGCAACAAGGAUUAAACAAAAGGAGAAACAAUAAGUGAACGGAUGUAACUAUAUUGUCUAAACUCAGUAACAGCCUGUUAAGAAGAAAUCAGUUGGAAAUAUUGGAACAAUUCAUGAAAUCUGAAGACAGACCGUAUUUGUACAAUUGUGGUACAAGUAUCAUGUUAACUUCAAAUUAAAUUUACAUAUCAAGUAAACAAUGUCUUUAUAUGAAUAAAAGAAUUUUUUGACAACGACAGAGUAAUUCUUGGUGGGUUUAGAGGAAAAGAAUUUUUAAUCAGGUUCAGAGAAGAAGAUUUCAAAUCGUGACAUCGAUACAGUAGUAACUGAACAAUGCUCAGGGGUGCUGCUAUAUGACACAGUGCAAUCCACCUAUCACUAUUAUUUGAAACAUCGGCUAUGCCGGGUGGUGAAAAUCAUCGUGGUACAUCACCACAUCCACGCGGUUGCAUCAGCUACACAAAGAGAGAGUGCAGUUCAUAAAAAAGGGUAAGCUGUUGAGAAAACACAGAAAUUCACUUUCAAAACCUUUUUUCUCUUUUCAUCUAGACAGUGACACCGUGUUUCAGUGUUAUCACUUUUAAGGAAACUGUGCAGUAACAAUUUAUUACAGUAAUAGAGGGUACAUAAUAGAGAAUAUUUGCAAUGUAUGCCAGUCAUUCCUAGCAAAAUGGCCAUGGAGGCUCUAGAGUUGUUUAAAGGUUUAUUACAAUAAAUGUCUGAUGAAAUUAAUUCUGAUUUUAAGAAAUUAUAUGACAAAGUAGACGCAACAGAUAAGAAACUGUCUGACAUUAGGAAGGAAUUAUCUGAUAAGAUUGAAUUUCAAAUCAAAAGUCUCCACCAGGAACAACCUACUGAGAAAACUGGGCAGAUCAUAUUGGGGCAGCCAAGCUGGAACCAUUUGAACUUCUGCAAUGGCACUUUGCUGCUCUGCUGCAGAGUAUACCUGUCCUGUUUGGUAUGAGUCAGCACAUGCUAAACAGGUGGAUAUUGCCCUAAACGACACAGGAGAAUUAUAACACGCUGCUUGUAGUCACCUCCAGUUGAAUGGCUCUACCACCUUGCAGGAAUUGCACCACUCCUGUUCGAAGAGAAAUAGCAGUAAGCAGGGAAAGAGUGAAACUGGAGCAGGAAAAAAUGCUUACCAUGCAUGGGCAACAACCCUACCCACGACGACUAAGGUCAAGGAAAAGCUUCCUUAGAACCACUGAUGAGGAAGCCAGGCUGCAACUACGAGGGGCUGAGAUACCCCAGACUCCUGGUUGGAGAAGAUUUUCAGAAUCUUUACCCUCUGUUCAUGAUGAGAACUGGCCAUUCUGGAAGUCCUUGAAUAGGCUGAGGUCAAGAGUGGGCAAAUCAAGGGCUAACCUGGCAAAAUGGGGAUAGGUUGAAGAAAACAAAACCCAAUGUGACUGUGCAGGCUGUUCAACAUAUGCUUCUGUGUUGAUUGUUCCAGCUACCUGCACUGAUGAUGACCUUCACCGGACACUGAGAAAUGCACUGGAAGUGGCCAAAUUUUGGUCAAAUAUCAUAUAAACUGUGUUUCUCUGUCAAUAAUCGUAUAAACUGUGUUUUAUGUAUGUUUCUGACAUGAGAAUAAUAAUAAUAAUAAUAAUAAUAAUAAUAAUAAUAAUCUGGCA